AAGACGACGUCGUAGCUAUCCCGAGCUAGCUGUAGCAUUUAAAAAUCUAACAUAUCCGCAGCGGCAGUGGCAUUCUGGUAGCGGCGGACAACUGGCGGGUGGCACCGUGGCGCGACGAAGCAGAGCAGGCAGGUAGACGUUGGGGGCAGCGAAAAUGCUGUUGAGUCCUGGAGGGCCGCAACCUCUCUCGUGCAACUUAUCACAUGUUGUUACCAGCGCCCCUCACCGCAAUAUGCCCUUCUUCCUUGCAUUUCCACUCAAACCCCAUCAAAUCGACGCCUCUCCCAUCUCAAACGCGUCUUCCUUUGGCUCACUCUUCACGGAACGAGGUUGGUUCUGCGCGCACGCCUUGAGGAAGCAAAGAGGACACACCAGUAGUGUCCUGGAAGUGAACGACUUUGAUGAUGAUGAUGAAGACGACAGUGACGAAGAAGCAGAAGCUGAAGAUGAUGAUGAGGGGGAAUUUGAUCCUUUUGCGGAGAUGAAGAAGUGGACAAGGAACAAGCCUCGCGGUUUUGGCGAAGGCAAAGUAUACGAUACCUCAAUUGAAGAAAAGCUGUUCGACGAAAUAGCGCAGAGUAGACGGGCUCAGCUUGCCAAUAUCAAUAGGCUUAAGAACAACCCUUCGAAGCCGCAUUCCAAGGAAGGCCAUAAUCAGGUCCAGAAAGCACCUGAGCCUUUUCCAAGUGGCAUUCGCGUUCGUUUGUUUAACCUUCCUAAGAAAAAAAAUGUCCAUAGAGAUUUGAGAUCAGCUUUCAAAGAAGUCCCUGGAAUAAUUAAUAUUGCCCCAGCAGUAUCUGGAAACCAAAAGACAAGAGACCCCGUUUGCAAGGGCUUUGCAUUUGUUGACCUCAAGUCUCUGGAGGAUGCAAAUAGAUUUGUGCGGAUAGUUUCAGGACAAAACAUUACUUUUGGUAAAAUCCAGAAGCAGAUAAAAUGCGAAUUGAUAAAUCCACCCUCGCCCGAUACUGCUUCUGAAUUUUCAGCCCUUGGCACCGACUCUGCUCCUAAAGUAGUACAUCCUACUGUGGAAGCAGAUAACCCAGAUGCUGAUUUUGAGUUGGAUAAUGCUUCCCUAAAUUUGUCGGAGGAAGCCACGUCAAAUGAGUCCAAGGAGUUGCAGGAUAAUCCUUUAUCAGCAUGGGAAGAAAUCCAAAGGAAUCUAAAGUUUGCCCAUGUUUCAGAGGUAAAUGACGGUGAUGGCUUGAAACCGACUGUGGACUCCGCAACUGCUUCAUCAUCCUCAAAGCCUCGAGAUAAAGCAAAGGCGAAUAAGAAAAAGCAAGACACCAAAAGGAAAGCUCAGAAGGGUCCGAAGUUAGGCAUCCUUGGAUCUGCAAAUAGGUACACAGCGGGCUUGUUAUCUGCCUUUUGUAGUCUGUUGGAACACAUGCUGUCUCUCUUAUUAUUGAUCAUGAUGCAGGUUAAAGGUCAGGGAGAAGACUUUGCUAACAGGCGUGUUAUCCAAAUAUGCAGCAAAUGCUGCUUCCACUUCAAGAGAGAACUAACAGUAGUGAUGUAAACUAUCGAGAUUGCUGUGUAUUAUUGAAUUUGCAAAAGGUUUGUCCAAAUGUUUCGAAGUAUUUGGAUUUCACAUCUAAACUUCCCAAAUUUUGAUUUUGUGAACCA